GAGUAACACUGAUUCUGAGAAAUGGACAACAACGUUUAUCAAGUUUAUGAAGAUGAAAUCCAGGCACUGGAAGAAGAAAUAAAACUCUUGACAGAAACGUACGAAGAUAUCCAGCAAGAAUCCACCUUUUUUUCUGAGGAGGAGAUAUUGAAGUCAUUAAAAUCAUUCCAAAGAGAAACGCAGGGAGAAUCCAAGGGACAUGAAUCUCCAUCAGACCUGAAAGCUCAACUUGAAAGUCUAGAAACAGAUCUGUCCUUUUUGAUGAAACUUACUGGUUUUCAGUUCACAAGUCAUUCCAAGAAAACAGUGGAAAAAACUAGAGACAGAACAGUGCAGAAGCACAGGUUGUCCGGGAAUUGUCACUCCCUGUCUUUUCAACUGGAAUUCCAGCUUCUUGAAAUGCAGGUAAGGAUCAAU